AUGAAUUAAAGAACUCCAGAGAAAAAGCAGAAAUAGCUAAUAUUGCCAUAAGCACCUAAGAAAAGAAAGAAUUGCUCCAAUAACUAUAAUGAUUAAGAAUUAAAUGCAAUUAAGAGACAAUUAUUUUUUUCAGAAGAUGGAUAAGAAGAGAACAAAAUCAAAUUUUCCCUUUGA